AUGGACGCUGCCGGAGUGCGUCAACAGCGAGACUCGACUGAUGCUCCGGACGAAGAGGCGUAUCAGGAGCUCAGCGAGCAUCAGCCAUUUAUUCGUCUCUCGCAUGGCUCAACGCCUCUCCGUCAGUCUCGACCACGCACGCCGUCUGUAUGGAAGCUGGGCCUCUGCUUCUUCAUUGCUACCAUCUCUGUCCUGGCACUAUCCAUCGUUCCCUUUAGCCUUCAGGCACUUUCCAAGGAAUCGUCUUCGGACACCCAUGAGUUGGGAGAGCCUCCCAUUGGAGACGAGACUGAUCACAAUGAGGCUGAUGCCGAGCCUGAUUCCGGACAUGCAUCUGAAGAAUCAGAUGAAAACAACCCCAAGCUCAUUGUCAUCCAGCACGAGGAAGAAAUAUCAAGUAUGCCAGCACUGAGAGAUGCUUCGCAGUACAUAUUAUCGAAUUCUUGGGACUUCGAUGCUGCCCCUGUUGUCAGAGAAUACCAUUGGACGAUUGUAGACGGGCGCUUGAACCCUGAUGGCGUCUUUCGGCCAAUGAUACUCGUCAACAACCAGUUCCCUGGGCCACUGGUCGAGUGUAACGAUGGCGACACCAUUCGUGUCAUUGUUGACAACAAAGCUAUUAAUGCUACCUCAAUACACUUCCACGGACUCUUUCAGAAUGGCACCAAUUCUAUGGAUGGUGCCGUUGGCAUUACUCAAUGCCCUAUUGCUCCCAACUCAAGCUUCACUUACGAAUUCCAAGUUCAGAACCAGUCAGGCACUUAUUGGUACCAUGCUCACCACAGUGCUCAGGCUUCAGAUGGCCUGGUUGGACCUGUCGUUGUUCACUCCAGGGACGAGAGAACCACUCUGCAGAAGCUGGAAUAUGCUUCUGAUAGGGUUGUCAUGGUUCAAGAUCACUACCAUAACCUUACUUCGGAGAUAUUGAUGGACUAUCUCAAACCAGAUAUGGAGAAUAAUGAACCUGUUCCCGACAACGGUCUCAUCAAUGGUCGCGGUAUGCGUGAUUGCAAGGACUUUGAAGGCUGGGACUGUGACGCCAGUAAUGCCACAGCUCUCGUCUUUGACCUUGCUGCCGGUCAAAGACACCGUCUACGCAUUAUCAACGUUGGAGCCUUUGCCGAGUUUCAAAUUCAGUGGGAUGAACAUCCCUUUUAUGUUACCGAAGUCGACGGCACCGAUGUACUCCCUGAACCUUUUCAUCGUCUCAACAUCCUCCCCGCACAGCGUUAUAGCAUUGUCCUGGAAACCAAUGUCACCACUGCCGAUGCUUUUUGGAUGAGGGCCCGCAUGGUAACUCACUGUUUCACCACCAAAAACCGUCGCCUACAGUCCGAGACCCGAGCUAUGAUCCGCUACACCUCUACCGAAACCAAAGCGCUAGACAAAGACCCAAACAGCAAGGAUUGGCCCGACGUCAUUGAAGUCCAAUGUCGCGAUUUAAACGUUUCCGCUCUACAUCCUGUCAUUUCGAUGAACCCGCCACCCGCAGACAAAUACAUGCGCUUCGACGCCAGCUUCAUGAUUGGAGACUGGCGCCUCUCACGUGGAUUCUUUAACCAAUCCACCUGGCAUCUCAAUAUGACUCAUCCCUCACUCCAUCGUUUUCUCGACGCACCUGCAAAUGCGACUUCCCUUGGCUCCCCCAUUGCUGUCAAUAACCUCGCCUACGACUACAAAAAGGAGCUUGUCAUCCAAACCGAGGGCAUUCGCACCAUUGACUUUGCCAUCAACAAUUUCGACGACGGCAAUCACCCAUUCCAUCUCCACGGCCACAAAUUCUUCGUCCUUGUCCAAGGCCGCGGCGGGUAUCCCCCCUCAGAGGAAGAUCUUCCGGCUUUUCUCCAGCAGCACGACCUGGAGAACAAUCCCCUUCGACGCGAUACCGUCACGGUAGAAGGAUAUAGCUGGGCUGUCAUUCGCAUCGUUCUCGACAAUCCCGGCAUGUGGGCCUUUCAUUGUCACAACAUGUGGCACGCUGAAUCGGGCAUGGUGAUGCAGCUGCUGGUAAGGAGUGACGUCGUCAGGGGAUGGUCUGUCAAGGAGCAAGAGAGGGCUAUGUGUGGCCUUGAGGGCGUCACUACAGGAAUGAGACCGGAUGAUAGCAUCUGGUUUGGCAAUUUUGGUGAAAAGUAA